AUGCUACAACGAGACGCCGUGAUCGAUGUCGAUUCACCUGAGACACGGCCCAUUCCGUUCGUCCUCGCUUUCAACGACCUUACUUAUAACGUCACACUUCAACGGCGUUUUGGUCUUCGUUUCGGACAUAGUCCUGCUCAGGCAAAGACUCUGCUCAAUGGUAUCACCGGAGAGGCUAACGAAGGAGAGAUCCUUGCCGUUCUUGGCGCAAGUGGAUCUGGGAAAUCAACGCUUAUCGAUGCAUUAGCAGGACGGAUAGCGGAAGGUAGCUUGAAAGGCACGGUAACUCUAAACGGUGAAGCUUUGGAAUCUCGCGUGCUGAGAGUUAUAUCAGCCUACGUAAUGCAAGACGACCUCCUCUUCCCCAUGCUAACCGUCGAAGAAACCCUAAUGUUCGCCGCUGAGUUUCGACUUCCGAGAAUCCUAUCCAAAUCCAUGAAGAGAGACAGAGUUGAAACCCUAAUCGAUCAAUUAGGGCUCAGAAAUGCUAAAAACACUGUGAUCGGAGACGAAGGCCAUCGUGGCGUCUCCGGGGGAGAGAGAAGGCGUGUAUCGAUCGGGACCGACAUUAUUCACGACCCAAUCGUCUUGUUCCUCGACGAACCAACCUCAGGACUAGACUCAACCAGUGCAUUCAUGGUGGUACAAGUCUUGAAAAGGAUUGCACGUAGUGGCAGCAUCGUAAUUAUGUCAAUCCAUCAGCCUAGUUGUCGGAUUAUGGAGUUUCUUGAUCGGAUCAUCGUCUUAUCUUCUGGCCAGAGUGUGUUUAGCGAUUCUCCGGUUACUCUCCCUUUGUUCUUCUCGGAAUUUGGACGUCCCAUACCGGAUAAAGAGAACAAUGCGGAAUUUAUACUUGACCUAAUCAAAGAGCUUGAAGGUUCCUCUGAAGGAACAAGAGGUUUAGUCGCAUUUAACCGGUAUUGGCAACAGAAGAAUCUUAGACUUAACCAAGAACCUCACCAGAACUCAUCCUCCUUGAAAGAAGCCAUCAAUGCAAGCAUUUCAAGAGGCAAACUUGUCUGUACUUCAUAUAGCUCGAUAUCUUCAUACGUGAAUCCUUGGUGGGUCGAAACCGCGAUCUUAGCUAAACGAUAUAUGAUGAACUGGACCCGAACGCCAGAGCUAAUAGGAACACGUGUCUUCAUAGUCAUGAUGACCGGUUUUGUCUUGGCUACUGUUUACUGGAAAGUAGAUGAUUCUCCUAGAGGCGUCCAAGAACGGUUAAGCUUCUUCUCAUUCGCAAUGGCCACGAUGUUUUACAGCUGCGCCGAUGGAUUGCCAGCUUUUAUCCAAGAAAGAUACAUUUUCUUGAGAGAAACUGCGCACAACGCUUACCGGAGAUUCUCGUACGUUAUAUCUCACUCUCUCGUGACUCUACCUCAUCUUUUCGCGCUUUCCGUGGGAUUUGCAGCGACAACGUUCUGGUUCGUUGGUCUAAACGGUGGUCUGGCCGGUUUCAUCUACUAUCUUCUGAUUAUAUUCGCGUCCUUCUGGUCGGGAUGCUCAUUUGUUACAUUUGUCUCUGGUGUGAUUCCAAACGUGAUGAUGAGUUACAUGGUGACGUUUGGUUAUCUCUCUUACUGUCUUCUCUUCAGCGGAUUCUACAUCAAUCGCGACAGGAUCAGUCUUUAUUGGAUAUGGAUUCAUUACAUUUCUUUGAUGAAGUAUCCUUACGAAGCUGUUCUGCACAACGAGUUCGAUGAUCCUUCCCGUUGUUUCGUGAGAGGAAACCAAGUUUUUGAUAAUACAUUAAUUGACGGAUUGGCUGAAUCGAUGAAGACGAAGCUUCUUGAGACAGUGAGCAGUUAUUUGGGGACGGAGAUAACUGAAUCGACGUGUUUGAGGACGGGCUCUGAGUUUCUUAAGCAACAAGGAAUUGAGCAGUUGGAUAAAUGGGGUUGCUUGUGGGUUACGAUAGCUUGGGGAUUCUUUUUCAGGAUCUUGUUUUACUUCUCGUUGGUACUUGGAAGCAAGAAUAAGCGGGCGUGA